UUGGCCUUGAAUCCCUGGGCUAGCAUGGUCCCUACAAAGAAGGCCUUGGCAGGAUAUGCCAGCUGGAGAGAACUAGCCAAGGCUCUGGCCAGCAGGAACAUCCCAGCUGUGGACCCAAAUGUCCAGUUCUACCGUCCCCAGAGGGUGAACCUCAAGGACCAAGAAGUUGACCGAGGUGGGAGCAGGAACAGCAGCUACUUGAAGUGGAACAAACCUGUCCCCUGGCUCUCAGAGUUCCAGGGCCACGCCAACCUUCAUGUGUUUGAAGACUGGUGUGGCAGCUCCAUCCAGCAGCUGAGGAGGAACCUGCAUUUUCCCCUCUACCCGCACAUCCGCACAACCCUGAGGAAGCUGGCUGUGUCCCCCAAAUGGACCAACUAUGGCCUCCGCAUCUUUGGCUACCUGCAUCCCUUCACCGAUGGGAAAAUCCAGUUUGCCAUUGCUGCAGAUGACAACGCAGAAUUCUGGCUGAGCCGUGAUGACCAGGUCUCAGGCCUUCAGCUGCUGGCCAGUGUGGGCCAGACUGGGAAGGAGUGGACCGCCCCUGGAGAGUUUGGAAAGUUUCGGAGUCAAAUUUCCAAGCCAGUGAGCCUGGCCGCCUCACGCAGGUACUACUUCGAGGUGCUGCACAAGCAGAACGGCGAGGGCACCGACCACGUGGAGGUCGCGUGGCGGCGGAAUGAGCCUGGAGCUAAGUUCGCUAUCAUCGACUCCUCUUCCUUGUCCCUCUUCACAAAUGAGACUAUCUUAAGGAUGGAUGAAGUGGGCCACAUCCCACAGACAGCAGCCAGCCACGCAGGCUCCUCCAGCUCCCUCCCUGUGGACGAGCAGCCUCCAGCCGACAUGCUGCGGCCUGAUCCUCGGGACACCCUCUAUCGAGUGCCUCUGAUCCCCAAGUCCCACCUCCGCCACGUCCUGCCUGAUUGUCCCUACAAACCCAGCUACCUGGUGGAUGGGCUCCCUCUGCAGCGAUACCAGGGACUGCGCUUUAUUCAUCUGUCCUUUGUUUAUCCCAAUGACUACACCCGCCUGAGCCACAUGGAAACCCAUAACAAAUGCUUCUACCAGGAAAAUGCCUACUACCAGGACAGGUUCAGCUUCCAGGAGUACAUCAAGAUUGAUCAGCCAGAGAAGCAAGGGCCAGAGCAACCAGGUUUUGAGGAUGAUCUUCUAGAAGACUCUCAGUAUGAAGAAGUGGCAGAGGAGACCCCUGCCUCCCAUGACCAGGACCCCAAGACACAAGAGAGAAAACAAAUGCCUACCUCCACCCCCAGGCAGGAUGCCACUGACUACCACCUUCGAAGCCUGCGGAAGCUCCUGGCCCAGCCUCCAGGGGACCUGCAGGUGCCUUUUCCCAAGCAAAAUUCCACUGCUCCCUUCCCAGUGAGGAGCAGCAAUGCCCGAGUCCAGCAACCAGAAAAGAGGAAGCAGAAGCUCAGCCCUGUGCCCAGCCAAGACUCACCUCAUCCUGACAAGUGGGCCCCUGGGCACCUGGCGCAGGACUUACCUCUCAUUAAGAGGCCUGGGCCCACGAAAAGUAACCCUGGGAGGACUCUGGAGCAGUCCCAGUGGCUGAAGCAAGUGGACUCCUACAUUGCACAGCAGAGAAGAGGUGAUGGAUUGGCCCCCAAAGAGAGGUGGCCGGAAGACGAGGAGGUGGCGGCUGCAGAUCAGGAUGGACCAGUGGAAGGAGAGGAAGAAGGGGAAGAAGAAGAGGAGGAAGAGGAUGUGAGUGAGGUGUUUGAGUAUGUGCCUGUGUUUGACCCAAUAGUCAACUGGGACCAGACCUUCAGCGCCCGGAAUGUGGACUUCCAAGCCCUGAGGACGGACUGGAUUGACCUGAACUGUAACACUUCUGGCAAUCUGCUGCUGCCUGAGCAGGAGGCCCUCGAGGUCACGCGGCUCUUCUUGAAGAAGCUCAGCCAGAGGAGCCGGGGGUAAGGUAAAGGGCUCUCUUGGGGCCAGGGCUGGGCCUGGCAGGGCCAGCCUGGAACGCGGGGCCCUGGUGGC